AUGACAAUAUCAGAAAGCACGUUGAGAUUACAGAGAACAUUUUUGAAAGCAGUUUACAUGCAGAUUUCCAUCCCAGCAAUCAUCAUGAUUGUCCCUCAAAUCGUUCUGAAUGUUCUCGGAUAUUUAUACGCAAACAGUCCAGAAAUGAACAGUUUGGCAUACAUGUUCAUGUCAAUACAUGGCGCUUCGGCUACUCUCAUUAUGCUGUACUUUCAUACUCCUUAUAGACAAUUCUGCUCAAGAAUUUUCUGCAAAAAGCUGGAUCUUUUGAAGAUCGAUGUGAAUUAUGCAAACACUACCGCAACUGAUAACAACUGA